AUGAGAAAACGAUCGAGUAGUGGGGGCGGAAGUUCUUCUCCUCAAAGUUUUACUUUCUGUGGUGGUGGUGAUAUUGAGAGCAGUUGUAAAACACCAUCAAUUUUAAAACCACUUGAAAUUAAAACAAAGAUAAAAUCAUCAUUAUCAUAUAAUUAUUCACCAUCACCUACUAGUGAUGAAUUAAGUAAAGAUAUGAUAAAUAUUAAACAAUUUUCACCCGAUGAUAUUAUAAUAAUAGAUAAAAUUGCAUCAGGUGGAUUUGCAGAAGUUUUUAAAAUUCAAAUUCAUUCAACUAUUUAUGCAGGAAAGAGAAUGUUAAAAAGUAGAUCACAAAUACAAAGAAAUGUUGAUAAAUUUGCUAAUGAAUUAGUCAAGAUGAAUAGGAUUUUUCAAUUAGGAUGUUCAAGAGUAUUAAAACUUGUUGGUUAUUGUUUUGAUAAGGAAAAUCAAAAUUAUUGGAUUGUAACUGAAUUUAUCAAUGUUGGAGAUUUAUAUUCAAUUAUUCAUUGUAAAGAACAAACUUUAAAGAGUCAUCAUUAUGGAUUAGAACGUAUUAGAAAUGAAUAUUCAAAAUUAAUUGAAUUAAUUCAUAAUGAUAUGAAUGUUAAAAUUAAAUUAGCUCUAGAUAUUGCUAAAUGUAUUGAUGAACUACAUUCAUUAACACGUUAUGCUCAUCUAGAUGUGAAAUCAUUGAAUAUUCUUGUAGAUGAAAAUUUACAAAUAAGAGUUGGAGAUUGGUGUGAUGCUAAACUAGUAGAUGAAUCAAGAGAACAUUAUCUCACUCCAUUUCAACCACAUGGUACAAUAUAUUGGAUGGCUCCUGAAAUUGUUAAACAAAAUGUAUUUUGUCAAAAAUCAGAUAUUUAUGCUUUAUCAAUAGUUUUUACUGAAUUAUUAAUUUUAGGUAAACCUUAUCCUGGAUUAAAUGUUUUAGAUGUUAAGGAAAAAUUAGAGAGACCUAUCAUUUCUAAUCCAGCCAAUAAUAAUAAUACUGAUAAUACUAAUUCUGAUAAUCAAAUCAAUAAUACUGAUAAUAUACCAUAUCGUAUGAAUAUUAUUGAAAUAUUGGAACAAAAGGGUUGUGAUAUAACUAAUCAAUGUAGAAAUUUCAUAUCACUCAUUGAAGAUAUGUGGAAAGAGGAUGUUUCAGAAAGACUCUCUUCUAAACAAGUUGUAGAAAGAUUAUCUAAUUUAUUAGAAAGUGAUGAAUGA